AUGCCUCGGAAAGUGCUUAUCGGUUUUGGUGUGGAUGUUGAUGCAGUGGCAGGCUGGCUGGGAUCCUACGGAGGUGAAGAUUCGCCUCUAGAUAUCUCUAGGGGUAUGUUUGCAGGCGAAGUGGGCGUGCCGCGCCUCUUGAAGCUUUUCGCCAAGUACAAGCUGAAAACGACGUGGUUUAUUCCGGGCCACAGCCUAGAAACGUUCCCCGAGCAGAUGGCUGCCGUCAGAGACGCAGGACAUGAAAUUGGCCUUCAUGGAUACUCUCACGAAAACCCUGUUUCGAUGACUUUCGAACAACAGAAAGACAUUCUCGAUCAUACAUAUAAUCUCCUCACGGUUUUCAACAAUGGUGUUCCACCGAAAGGAAGUGUUGCACCUUGGUGGGAAACGAGUAAAGAAGGUACAGAGUUACUCUUAAACAAGGGGCUUGAAUAUGAUCAUUCAAAUAUGGCUCACGAGUGCGCAUAUUAUCUUCGUGACCAGGACACCUGGACCAAGAUCGACUAUACUGCAAAGGCUCAUACAUGGAUGAAGCCGCUUCAGAAAGGCAAGGAGACUGGGAUAGUUGAAAUACCCGCAAACUGGUAUCUAGACGACCUGCCACCGAUGAUGUUCAUCAAAGCAAGCUCGAACUCCCAUGGCUGGGUCAAUGCGAGAGACGUCGAACAACUUUGGAAGGACACGUUCGAAUAUCUCUACAGAGAGGAGGAAAGUUUUAUCUUUCCUAUCACCAUCCAUCCUGAUGUUAGUGGUCGCCCCCAUGUGCUUCUCAUGCUGGAACGCUUCAUUGAAUGGGUGAAUGCGCACGAUGGUGUGUCAUGGGUGCCUAUGAUAGAAAUGGCGAACGAGUUUAGAAGCCGUGUGAAGCCUAGGGAAGGAGCAGCAAUGCCUCGAGGAUUCACGGCUUGA